AUGCAAACCAGGGCCCAGCUAGGUUCCACCACCGACUUCAAUGCCUCAUCGAUACUGGCGCGCCAGCAGCAGUACCAGAUCCAAGUGAUCGCAUCGACUUUCUCGAGUGUCAGCAUCCUGGCAGCAGUAUGCGCCAUCUACUGGUUUUGCAUGAUGAAGCGCAACUUUCGAAGGGAUCUGGUACUACUCCUGAUCUGCGGUGACCUGUGGAAGUCAUUCUGGUUCUUGGUCUUCUCCGCGAGGACGCUCUCCGCUGGGCACAUUGCGACCAAGUCGAGUUUCUGUCAAGCGAGUGGAUACUUUCUGCAAGUCGGUCUGGAGGCUUGCGAUGUAGCGAUCUUCCUCAUGAGCCUGCACAUGCUACUGCAGAUCUUUCCGCCGAAAGAUUCCUUCCUGGGACACGAUGGCCUAUACCGACUCCGCCAUGCAGUCAUGGCCACCUGGUUUGUGCUUCCGAAUAUCAUGAGCUCGCUGGCAUUCGUCAACUCUGGCUCGGCGUUCAUAUCGCAAGGUGGCUUUUGCUCUCUCCCGAUCCGCCCCUUCUGGUAUCGUUUGGCAUUGUCUUGGAUACCGCGGUACCUAAUUUGGAUCUUCGUCAUGGCAGUGGCAAUCCGCAUCUACAUGCACGUCGGGUACGAGUUCAAGGUCUUUGGCGAAGAAAGAGACCGCAGCUCAAGCCUUGCUGGGGCAGACUCAAGUAAUCCCAAUGCGCAGUCCGCAGUAUCAGGACCAACAACGGCGUCCAUGAGGCACACGGAAUCGUCAAGCUCGGAUGGCGCCGCGGCAGAGAAACAAGCCGGCCAGGACGAUGCCAUCGCCCCCGAAGACUCUGGUGUACCGCCAAUGCCAGCGGCAUAUCUAGCCUUGCCUGGGUCAUCGAAGCAAAGUAUAUGGAAACCCGCCAGAAGACAAUCGACACCGAAUUGGUCGACACCGUUUACGGGUGCUGGGCUGGAGACGGACGCCUUUGGUGGACCGACCUUCCCCACGAGCAAAAGCAACCCUGCUUCACGAAGAGGCAGCAGACAAAUCGAGUCUGGCAUCACGGCCGAAGAUUUCGCGCCACCACGUCCACUACCCCUUACCAUGGACCGACCUCGAGGAUCAGUAUCGACGGUCGGCUCUAUGAAAUCGUCAGGAGAUCAUUCCUACGAGCAGUCGCCGGCUUUGGCGCCCAUUGCAGAGCAGAAGUCGGCAGCUUCUACCGACAGUACCCCAAACAACAUGGCAUCGCGAGCCAUGAAACAACGAAGAAAAGCGAUACAGCGGCAACUUCGUCUCCUCUUCAUUUACCCCGUGGUCUAUCUUAUCCUAUGGAUUAUACCUUUCGUCUCUCACGCCUUGAACUACAGCAGCCACUUCGCACAACAUCCAAUCUUCACCAUCAGCGCCCUCAACAUCUUCUACCAAACGAUCAUGGGAUGCUGUGAUGUCCUCAUCUUCUCGUGGCGAGAGAAGCCUUGGCGACACAUUCCCGGCAGCGAUGGGACGUUCCUGGGCAGCUUCAAGUUCUGGAGCGUCAUUUUCAACAAGAAUUGGCGAGAUCAAAGACGGAAAAGCAGCGCUUUUGGUGGCGACCUCACCGGAGACGAGAAGCGCAACAGCUCUCAGUCAGGACUAUUGAACUCUCUGAAGAGAUUCAGCCUGAGCGUGACUGGCAAGGGCAAUUCGCCGCGAAGAUCAGAGAUCUCCCUGAAGACUCCCUCCGCCCCUGGAGCAGCCCCUGGGCCUACAACACCUUCGCGAGUCCGCGCCGCACCAGCGAUGCAUCGUCGUACACACAGCGGUGGCAGCGAUCGUCGAAUUUUAGCGGCUGAAAGAGCACAGGAGCGUUUGGAGAUGGAGCGGCGGGAUUAUCAUCAACAUAGAGGCAGUCUGAACGAGAGGAGGACGAAUGUCAUGAGCCAGCAGGAACAGCCGCCGCCACCUGCUCAAACUCCGAGAAAGGAGUGGUGGGACAGGCAUAUGAGUGUCGGUGGGGAUGAUGAUUUGCACGAAGAUGAUGACGGGCGUGAAUGA